AUGAUGUAUAUUCUCCGGAUUCUGAUUCUCAUUUUUGCGCUCGCCUUAUUCGCAUUUCAUCUGAAAUAUUUAACAAUUGAAAAUGAGAAUUUGAUCAUUUUCAAAUCGAUAAGCGCCUCGGAACGAGCGUCGUUUGUUCAGCCAUUCGGAAGAGUUAGACCUGUGUACUAUGUGACCCCAAAAUACAAUUUGGCCGGAUGUAUUAUACCGAAAUCAAUGUCGCAGCUCGUAACAGCGACAAUGUGCUAUUUAUAUGAGCCGGAAGCAUUUUUAGCCGGAAAUCAAUCAAUGUACGACGUACAUUUUCUCCGAGAUAAACGGUUCGAAUUCCUGAAUUCCAUCCCGAUUUUUGCCUAUUUUUUGUUCUGUUUAGAUGUUACAGAGACGACGCGUUCAAAAUAUUCAAUGAGACCGAAAAAAAAGGACAUCAACAUUCGAAGAUACGCCAUCAUUCGGGAUCCAUUCGAUCGAUUCCUUUCAUUUUACCUCAACAAAUGCAUCGCUGAGAACCAUUGUUGGGAUUGCAACGGUGAUAUGCGAUGUGUUGCCAGAAGGGCGUACGAAAACCUGAGAGCAUUCCGAAAGGCGAAACCGAUGAAACGAGUGACGCGUCACAAAUAUGAGGAAUUUCAUGCUGCUCCAUUGUCAUGGUAUUGCGAUUUCAAUAGCGACUUAAGCGCGUACGACAUUUUCGUGAUGGGACCCAAAAAAGAAGAAAGGGUCCCGGCAUUGAAGAAGUUUGGCGAUUUGCUUUACCGGCAAAACGUGCCUCAUGAUCAAAUAAAAUAUAUAAUGGAUCAUGCAUUGGGUGGAGAAUCAACCCAUAGCACGUUCGACGAUCCGAAGAGGAAAGAAACUGAAUUGCAGCUAAAAACGGAUCCCGUCGUUCGAAAAUAUCUUCAUCGCAUUUACUACUACGAUUAUCACAUUUUUGAACUUAAUCGAAAUGUAUUGGACGAAGAAUAUCGAUGA